UUUGUGUAAAAUCUUGUAAGGGCAAUGUCAGUAGUUUUUAGGGCAGGAUGUUUGUCUAAAGUGGACCAUAUUCCCAUAGUGUCUGUGUAAUCUAUCCAUUAUCUACUGGGGUCCUAUGUAAUCACAGGUGUCCCAUAAGGCAUAUACUAGUACACUGCCAGUAUCAGUAGUUCUACAAACAGCCCUGGAUUGGUUGUCUGGUAGACUGGGAGACAAUGGCUGGAGCUAUCCAGCUAGUGGUGCUGUGUGCCCUUCUGCUGCCUUGUGUGGAUGUGUCACUGGCUCAAGUGAAUGCUACACAGAUGGCAGUAGCAGUGUAUGAGACACUGAGUCCAUUCAUGACUGAAAUGAGAGAAGGCCUGGCUGCCGUCAAGACUGAAAUGACUGCAAUGAAGAGGAACCUGAGAGCAAUGGAAGGAAAAGUCAACCACUUGAGCAGAGAAGUCGUGGCUCAAAAGAACCAGACCACCUCCGGACUUGCUGUGUUGGAGUCGGUGAAAGAAGAGAUUACGACAGUGAAAACUAAACUAGAGAGCCACAAGACCUCUGUUGUUGAAGAGUUCGAGGCAGUCAUCAACAACCAGAACACAUUUGAUUUCAAACUGGAUUCACUGGAUUUGAAGCAGGACAGAAUGACUCUAAACCAGGGCAGACUGGGCCUAAAACAGGACCGGCUUGCUUUCAAGAUGACAACUGCAAGGUCUGAACUGGAAGUAAAAAUUAGCAACAUCACAAAACUGCAACAGUCAGCUGAGCGUCAUGUGACCUUGAUUCAAUCUCAACUGUCUUCAGUUAAUGCUAGUAUAGGGAACAAGCUGAUAAUCAUGGAGAAACUCCUUGCAAGGAAUGAUACUGGAUGUGAGAGACCUGACAUUGAGACAUUUUCUCACGAACAGCUGUUGCAGACUCUCCUGAAUAGCCAGAGUGAGCUGCAAAUAAGGGUUCUGAGUAACAUCACAAAGGAGCUGGAGAUGUCAGCUGAAUAUCAUGUGACCUCAUUUGAAUCUACACUGGCAUCUGGACUGUCUUCAGUGGAUGUUGGUAUCCAGAAUGGACUAAGGAAAAUUGGAAGUCAGAUUGCAAAGAACUGUACUGCAGUUGGAGCAGAGAUUUUGUCCUCUAUUGCUGGUGAAUUUGAUGUAGUCGUGAAUAACCAAAACACCAUUGAACUCCAGUUAAAAGUGCUGAGCAACAAUACAAAGGAACUAAGGCAGUCAGCUGAGAAUCAUGUGACUGCAAUUGAAUCCCAACUGACUUCAGUGGACGCUGGCAUCCGGAAUGAACUAAGAAAAUUGAAAGUCAGAUUUCAAAGAACAGCACUGGACCAGAGUUGGAGAUAUUCUCAAAUGAAGAUGUACUGGAGACACUGGUGUCAGUCAAUACUAGCAUCUCUGGACAAGUGAGCCACAUCAAUGAAGGUCUGGAGCACAUCAGUAGCUCUGUGGACAGUGUGAUAGUCGGACUACAGGAAUGUAUGGUUGGUGGUGGGCAGAACUGUUCAAGACAACCACUGGAAGAGUGUAAGGUUAAUAGCGAGCCGAAUUGUACAUGCGAAACACUUAACUGUUCAAGGCAGCCAGUAGAAGAGUGUACGUGUGAUACAACAGUGAAGCAGAACUGUUCAAGAAACUUAGUAGAAGAGUGUAAGGCUUAUUGUGACACAGACUGUCCAAGGGAAGAAGUUUUGACAAACUACACAUGUGGAGGUACAGGAGGUUGGAGACGUGUGGCCUACCUGAACAUGACAGACCCCAACACCAACUGUCCCCUUGGCUGGCAGCUCACUAGGUACUCCAAGAGAUCUUGUGGUAAAGUUAACACCAACAGUCUCUCCUAUGACCCAGUCUUGUUCCCUGUCAGUGGAGGAAACUACACUAGUGUGUGUGGCUCUAUCAGAGCCUACCAGUAUGGUGCAACAAGAGGAUUUCAGGCCUAUCACGAGAGAUCGGUAAGGACAAUCAAUGGAGCCUAUGUUUCUGGUGUCAGUCUCACACAUGGCAGUCCACGACAGCACAUCUGGACAUUUGCAGCUGGUGCUUCUGAGGCCCUACCUACUCAGAUUUAUGUCUGUCCUUGUGAUGCUCCUCCCAAUAGCAUCAGCAUCCCACCAUUUGUGGGUGGAGACUACUUCUGUGAAUCAGGAGUCAACUCUGGGUAUCCUAACAUAUUACAUCCAGAUGAUCCUCUCUGGGAUGGAGAAGGCUGUGGUAGCAGCAGUAGCUGUUGCUCAUUCAACAAUCCUCCAUACUUCACUAAGACACUCCCCAGCCCCACCUCUGACCCUAUAGAGGCCAGACUGUGUCACUAUUAUUCUGGUGAUGACACUCCAGUGGAGUUCAUGGAGAUUUAUAUAAAAUAGAGAAACCACCUACUUCUGAAAUUACUGCUAAAGAAUCGAACAAUGCAACUAAGUAGCUGCUAUUUGUGCAAUUUUGUAGGCUGCUGAAAUUGAUAAGUACUUGAAUGCAACCAACACUAACUGUGAGGUUUCAAAAGCUCAGCCUCCGGGUUUUGCACGGAUCAGGUGAGAUUUGAUCUGUGUCAUCCCUAUAUAGAGCGUCUACCGACACUCUCAGCAGAUACGUGUGUAGGUGUUACCCCACAUCUCUGAUUCCAAAAUACCUACAUUACCAAUUAUCAGAUGUGAAUCACUCACGUCUGGUUGAAUCUCAUCCAGUUCUGGAAGAGUUGAGUGGCAGUGUCGAUGACAUCAUCAUUACCAUUGGCCCAGGCUGUGUUCAGUACUGAAGUCCUCAUGAAACUGUACAUGAGAAACAGGCAUACAAAGAUUUGUAUAGAGAAUCA